CUUCUCUUUAAUUCUCCUUUUCUCUUUCCUUCUUUCUUUGCUCUGGUAUUCCCUCAGUUUGAUUCUCCACCAUCUCUCUAAAGACCUAUCAAACUUUAGAAAAAGAAAAACCAUAAAAAGAUCAUCACACCACACCAUGGUUUUCUCUUCUAUUCCGGUCUAUUUAGAUCCUCCCAAUUGGCAGCCGCAACAGAAUCAACAGCAAUCAAAUGGAACUGAAAACUAUCAGCUGCUUCCUCAUGCUGGAGGUGGUGGUGCAGGUUCAGUCCGGCCCGGUUCGAUGGCUGACCGGGCCCGGCUAGCAAAGCUACCGCCACCCGAGGCAGCCCUAAAGUGUCCCCGUUGCGAAUCCACCAACACAAAAUUUUGUUACUUCAACAAUUACAGCCUGUCUCAACCUCGUCACUUCUGCAAGACAUGUCGGCGAUACUGGACAAGAGGCGGCGCUCUCAGGAACGUGCCGGUGGGAGGCGGAUGCAGAAGAAACAAGAAGAGCAAAAGGAGCCGCUCGAAAUCCCCGGCAGCCGCACCAGCCGCCGCUGACAAGCAGAGCCUGCUUCCCAACACCGCUGACAGCUCAAUCCCCUCCGGCGCCGCCACCACGGAGCUGAUCGGUCAUUCGCAGCAACCUUCCAACUUACCAUUCAUGGCUUCCUUACAAAACCUGGGCGGCCGUUACGGCUUGGGGAACAUGGGCCUGAGCUUGCGUGAGAUCUUAGCCCAGAAUGAGCCCAUGGGCUUUCAAAUCGGAGGGGUGGAGAACCAGUGGCGCUCACAACCAUUCCCUAAUUUCUUGAAUGGGUUCGAGUCGAAUAAUUCAGUUGAUUCUUCUUAUCAGUUUCAAGGCGAGAGCAUGGCAGUGGCGCAGAAUGGAGUGAUUGGAGAUUCAAGUUCUAGGGCUACGACUCAGCUCCCACAUGUUAAAUUGGAAGAGAUUGGAGCCCUAAAUUUGUCAAGACCGCCCAUAGGUAAUAAUAAUAGUAAUAAUCAGUACUAUUCUUGGACUGAUUUAUCGGGUCUUGCAUCUUCUUCCACCAGCCAUCUCUUGUAAGUUAACAUCUUGACCAUUGCAUUAUGGUCAAAAACAAAAACCAUCACAAUGGAAGCACUCUAUCCCAGUUCAAGAUUAGUGCCUCAGAAAUGUUAACGCGGACUACAACGGUAGAAUUUGGAUCUUCUUCUUGUUGUUCUUGUUUAAUUAUUAUGUUGCUGCUUGUAAUUGAUAUUUGUUUAGGUUUUGCAUGGGAGUCUCUUUUGUACUAUAUGGGUUGGUUUGUAUAACUGAGUUCAUGUGUAAUGGUGUAUUUCCUAUGGGGUUUCUAUAAUCAGACCUUGUGUUUUCUCUAUAUAUGGCCUGCUUCUCCGAGCUAGGUCACACUAUAGAGCAUCA